AUGUCAGAACUUCAAUCUGCGCUCAGGGCUCUUUUACGCGAUACCGAUGGAAUUAUCACGCUUAUCGAAGUUUUCAACCUCCCCGAAACCCUGACGUCAGACGAGGAAAGUUCUCGUCUGCAAGCUUUAGGAGAUUCACGGAACAGAAGAGUACUCGCUGUGGUGGUACAUAAGGAUGAAGCAAGCGGUCAGGAGGAAGGAAGUUUAUUUGUUUUGAAGCCGAAGCAUCCUUCUAGUGGUUAUCCUGAUGAACUCGAAAUCCGACACGUUUUUCCAAUAUGCGGAGAUUUCACGAUUUCCAUGGCUCAAAUAAAGCGGCAUUCUGCAGAUUUACGUUCGCCAACACGUUCACAUUCAUCGACUCAAUCGCCAUCCGCAGCAAUUAAUCAACAGGAAGCUGGCCUCAAAGUGACUGUUCACUCUGGUUUGAGUAACACCGAGCCGCUCAGUUUCUUUACGUAUGACGUUCAAGGAUUGCGAACGGUAUUGGCGGAGUACAGGAGAUUAAAGACAGCUUCAGACGCAGAGAGUACUGCUUCAGUCUUUCCCACUCAGACCUUUUCCUGGUUGGCGACUUACACCUCACGAGCUAUCAGUAUACCCACACUAUCCACUAUACCCCCGGAUCUUCGUCUAGAGCUUUUGCCUCUACAUACCCGUCUAUCGGACGCUAGUGCAGGCAUCCCGGGAGAUGACGCCGACGACCUCCUGUAUAUUCGUGAAGAGUGGGUGAGGACACGAGCAAGAGAAGCUUGCCGAAAGGGACGUGUAAGGUUGAAGAUUCGGAUAGGAACGUUUAACGUGAAUGGGAAGAUGCCUUCUCAGGAUUUGGCUACGUGGGUUAACGGACACAAUGUUGUUUCUGGAAAGGACGGCGUCCAUGCAAGCUCUUUACUCCCGCCUGUGAAGGAAGUGUCACCUCUAUCACUGGGCGACGUCAAUAAGAAUCCCUUAGAUAAACUUACCGAUAAGAAUGAACCAGCUUCAUCCUCAACAACCACCGUCGAGUCAGAAGAUACACUUCACGAACCAGCAAAUGAAGCUGGGACCGUUCCCUUUACUGACGGGGACCAUUUCGACGAUACCGAUGUGAUGGUUUUCGGCUUCCAAGAGCUUGACCUAUCCACGGAAGCACUAAUAUACUCAACUAGCACGACUCGAGAGGAAGCGUGGUGUAUGGCUAUUUUCGCUGCCUUGGGGGAGAAAGGUGGCCAAUAUGUGAAGCUGGCAUCCAAACAGCUCGUGGGGAUGCUGAUCGUGGUUAUAGUAAAGUCAUCAUUGAGAAGUUGUUUCUCCAACCUGAUGGCUUCUUCGGUGGGUAUUGGCAUAAUGGGUGUUAUGGGGAAUAAAGGCGGGACUGCCAUUCGACUUACGUUUACUCCACCCCCACCCGGCACGCUCCAAGGGAAAGAAAGCGGCGGCUCUUUAUCGGGGGAUGCACAACAAAGCCCUAUUCGUCAUAUCCCUACCGUAUCCCAGAACAAUGGAUCAGAAAGCCUCCGUGGUGCUGAAAGCCGUUCCGAGAAAUCUUCUGGUUACGAUGACAUUAUUAUCGCGCCAGGUCCCACCACAUUGACGUUCGUGUGCUCCCACUUGGCGGCGUUCGACGAAAUGGUGGAUAAACGAAAUGCGGAUUAUCAGGAUUUGACGAAGAGGUUAUUGUUUUUGGAGACUCUGCCCUAUGAUAAUGUUGAAGCGGAUACCAUUCCUCACGGUGUCAAGUCCCCGAUGAGAUCAGCAAGCGUUAGUAGUGGGAUCUCGGCGAAUAGCAAUAUCAACGGUGUGCCCGUACGGCGACCGACUGCACAGUUGCCGGCUGAUACUUCAAACGUACCACUUCUGGAGAGGUAUAACAUCUUCGAAACCGACGUUCUGUUUUGGAUGGUCAUUUCGGAUCUCAACUACCGGAUAGACCUGCCUGAUUCGGAUGUACGGGCUAUACUCGCCUCCGAACAUUGGGACAACAAGUUCAACGCCUUGCUGAAGUAUGAUCAGCUGAAGAACGCGAUACGGAACAAGAAAGCGUUCGACCUGUUCUCGGAACAUCCUAUUGCACACCUUCCAACAUAUCGAUUCAGUAGCGGGAUCGUAGCAGACGAUUUGGGAUACGACAUCAAACGGAAGCCGGCAUGGACCGACCGUGUUCUUUAUGCACACUCCCCACUUACAAGCUCAAUUCACCAACUAUCAUAUGUCGGUCAUCCCGAAAUCAACAUGAGCGAUCAUAAACCGGUCUCUGCAGAUUUUGCGGUUGAUGUUGAUGUUUAUGACAAAAACGGUCUCUCUGGGAUGGCCAAACAUUUAUUUAGACAGCUGCAUGGAAUGGAAGAGAAUCAGUCAAGAGCAAAGACGGAAUUGAGUCAUACGGCGAUUGAGAUUGGGGAAUUUAGUUAUCGACAGCUUAUCAAACGGGUGUUUACGAUACGGAAUACAGGAAAGGUUGCUUCGGCCUUUCGAUUCGUACCCGUCGAUAUGGGUAGCGAGCUCCAUCCAGGAUGGUUGAAUGUGUCACCAGUGACGGGCUUGCUACUUCCCAACGACGUGGUGGAAAUUGCUCUUACCGUAUUCGUUGAUGACCGAACUGCGUCAAAGCUCAAUCUAGGUUCGAAGAACUUGGAUUGUACGCUCAUAUUACAUACACUGCUCGGGAAGGAUCACUUUAUCACAGUCUCUGGAAAAUACCAAUACACCUGCUUUGCCAACAGUCUCUCUAGAUUGACAAGACUUCCUGGCCCAAUUCGCUCGUUGACAGGACCUCAGGACCUGUUGCAUGAAGACCGUGCUAUCAAUGCUCCUCGAGAGAUCAUGCGCUUGGUCAAUUGGAUGAUGACUGGAAGUCACCAUGCUGUGGAGGAUAUCUUUGUAAAGGAUGCCGAUAAACAUCUCUCACACCAAAUCAUAGAGUCUCUGGAUACUGGUGACGAAUUCCCAUUUUCGACCGACCAGAAAGAUAGUGCGACUCUUGUUGCUUUUGGGGAGACUCUCAUCCAGUUGUUGUCGUCCUUGCCUGAGGGAAUUGUCCCAGAAGCAUUACACAGUCAAUGUGGGCAAGUGGCUAGUCGGGAUGAAGCUUUUGAGAUCCUGGACGCUCUACCUCCUACGGCUGUCAAUGUUUGGAUAUCGGUGACAGCCUUCCUUCAUUUCAUCGUGCAGUCUUCUUCGCAACCAGAAGUAACGGCAGAGAAGAUCGCUUCAAGAUUUGCACCAAUACUCCUUCGCGAUUCUUAUGGAGCUUCGCCGUCAAUAUCACCGUUAAUGACCCAUCGUUUUCUUCUUUAUUUCAUUCAAUGA